GGCGUCAAAUAUCAGUGUCUGACGGGCCAAGAAAGAGUUGUUUUUGCCACAAGUUCUUGUCCUCGUUAUUUUCUUACUUUUUUCCAGUCACCCUGACCAUGGAAGUGUCAAAGAAAAGUAGGAGAGGUAGACGACCAGAACAAGCCAUUUAUAUCACUCCAGGGAGGCGCAGUAUGAUUAACCUGAAUACACAAGCCAGCCAUUCUGGUGUUGGCUAUGUUACUGGUAUAAGUACUGAUAGCAGUAAUACUGAUAAUGGAAGUAUUAUCACACUUGAUGAUGUAAUGAACGUGAUCAAUUCUAAGGAUGACAAUAUUUCAGAAGAUGUCAUUGUCAAAAUCUUAAAUUUCUUUCGCAAUCUGGAUGAUUCCCAAGGGAAAGCUAUGGAAGCCAGUUUGAUAAAAUUUUCAGUACUUUUGAUUGAACGUGAAAUUUUGUCACCAAGCAUUAUGGAGAAGUUGGUUGUAACCCUUAUACUUGUGGGUAGAAAGCUAGAACAAGACCAUUCUAAGGAGCUAGAUUCUCUUCUUGCAGUUAUGAGGGAUGAAUUCAUUAAAAAGGAUACGUCACCAGAAACAAGAAGGCAAAUAAUGUCAGUCAUUGAAUCAAGAGCCAGGAACUGGGGUAUGACAAGACAUGUAUAGUUAACCAAGACUUUCUUGUUUAUACUCUACAAAUAUAAACUGUGUGUAUAAUGGAUUUUUAUCACAUGGAACCGCGUUUAUUUCCAUGGCAAUAAUAAUCUUCAUUUAACUACACACAACUUUAUCCCAAAGCACUUGAAUGUGAGGCUACGUGGGGGGAAUCCAUUGUUCCAGUUAACA